GUCCGUUUACUAGUUUGGUUGUGCACAGUGUAGCUUUAGGGGGUUAAUAAAUGUGAAUUUUAAAAAAAGAGUGACUGUGUCUCUUUAGAGGAUUUGGAUGAAUUAACUCGAUUCAUAUGGAUUACUUUAGCUACGUUUUAAUUAAUUUCAGAAAAUUUAAUUUCAACUGAGGGACACAAACCACUCAGGUUUCAGUAUCAGGUUUUGUUUCGAAGAUAAACGCUAUUCUUAAAGCGUUUGGAACAACGUGAGGAACAAUUCAAGACUCUGCAGGCGGGGCGCAAGUCAGCUCUCUCUUUCAGUGCCUUUCUUUAGAUUUGUGUUGCUGUUCAAAUGGCGUCAGUGAGUGAUCUGAGGAUUGUACUGAUAGGAAAGAAUGGAUCAGAAAACAGCAGAGUGGGAAACACUAUAUUCCAUACAAAAGCAUUUGAUAGUAAAGUUCCAUCAUCUUAUUUACAGCAGCGCAGUGUGAAAAUCAGUGGAGCUGCAGAGGGGAGACACAUCACAGUCAUCAACACUCGCCUGCUCCAACCAAAUCUCUCACAUCAACAGAUCACACAGAGAGUGAGAGAAUGUGUGUCUCUGUCUGCUCCAGAACCUCAUGUGUUUGUCCUCGUACUGCAGUAUAAGGACUUCAGUGAGAACGACAGACAGAGAGUGAAAUAUGUGCUGAACCUCUUCAGUAAGCAGGCCAUGAAACACACUAUAGUGCUGACUACUGAUGAACAGACACUCAGAUACAUAUUCACUUGGAAUAACCCUAUUCAGAAUUUAAUAAAGGAGUGUGGAGGAGGACAUCUUCAGUUUGAGACAACAAACCCAGGAUGGUGCUCUGAGUUGUUCAGAAGGACAGAGAAGAUAUUCAAGGAAAAAGAUGAUGAAGAAUUUUUCAUGUGUGACAUGUAUGAGGAUGAAGGUGAUGGAACAUCAGUGUAUGAAGGUAGCAGAUCUGGAGCUUCAUUAAGAGGAGAGAACAAAGAGAAGGAGGAUUCAGAUCUGAAAGAGAGCAGCACAACAUUAAGUGAUAGAGGAGUGACGAUUACUGGGAAACUACAAACUGAGAAGCUGAACAUUGUGCUGUGUGGAAAUAAUCCAACACUCAAGAACUCAGUGUCUAAAAUGUUUAGAGGAGUAACGAGUAAACUCCAGGAAGAGAUGAGUAAAGUGUGUCAGAAGAGAGAAGGAAAGAUUAAUGGACGGCAGAUCAGUGUAAUAGAGCUUCCAGCUCUCACUCGACUCUCAGAGGAAGAAGUGAUGCGGGAGACGCUCCACUGUCUGUAUCUCUGUGAUCCUGGAGUUCAUGUUUUCAUCCUUGUUACUCCUGUCUGUCUACUUACUAUUGAAGACAGAGCAGAAAUGGAAAAGAUUAAAGGAAUAUUUAACUCUAAAAAGCACUUCCUGGUGCUUUUCAUUACUGAGCUCACUGUUGACAAAAGUGUGACAGAUUUUGUAGAAUCCACAGAAUCUCAGAGUGUUGUGAGUCUCUAUGGGAGUUGGUACAGUGUGAUGGGUUUAAAGGACCAGAGAAACUCAAAGCAGAUCUCAGACCUGUUUAAUUGUAUAGAGGGCAUGAAGACUAAACCCUAUUCUCUUCAGAUGUAUAUGAGAGCUCCAGAGAAGAGAGUCAGACAUGAACUAGAGGAGAAACUGAGCAUGAAAAAUAAUGAAAUCAAAGAGUUACAGAAGAGGAUCAAGACACUGGGUGAGUGGAUUCAUUUAUUUUUAUGGAUAAAGAUUUUUUGUGAGAAUACAGUAAUUAAACAGGUUAUUAACUUAUACUGAGCAAACAUCACAUUAAUAAAUGCCCAUUGAUACAUACAAGCUAUCUAUUUCAAGGAGAAAAUGGAUUUAAAUCUUCUUAAUCAUCUUAAACCUUUUUGUAAGUAAAAUUGUUGAAUCUUCUACAAUUAAUGACUGGCUAUAAGUCUGUAAUCUCUAGACAGCACCAGACCCUAAAGACUGAAAUACACUACAUGACCUUUUCUCAGUGAUUUAAAAUCACAAAAAAAUUAAAAGAGCGUGUACUGUAUUCCAGACUUAAUUAACUUAGUUCUAUUGUUGCGAUGCUCUGUUAACUCUACUCCCAUUUUUAGCUCAUGCAUUCAUCCUUUUACCUUCCAUCUUUUCUUUAGACAAGAAAUUUAAUGUCAAAUUUCAAAAUGUAAUGUCAGCGGGAUUCAUGUCAUGUAACUACUCACUUUUGUGAUAUACUAUAUGUGGGGAUUGUUUGUACUGUAUGUUGUCAUAUCAUUCUCACCUAAGACUAUGUCACAAAAGAUAAUAUCA